GCACUGGUAGCAGCAGCAGCACAGUAGAAGAAAAAGCUGGCUGGUCGUUCGGUGGACAGUUGAAUCAAUCACAUACCCUCAAUCCCAGUGACUACAUUGCUCCGAAAGACCAGCAGCGGUGGCUUAAGCUUAAAGGCGAAGAAGUGUGUUUGUUGGUUGGUUUUGGGUGAUCAAUACAACGAAAAAGCAAUCGGGCGCAUCGAGUGAAAAGCGAAACAAAGGAGAAGAGAGCUGGGGCCAGUAGAGUGUACCGUUGUUCUACAUACAACGAGUAGUGGCAAGAACCCCCCAACCUUGAAGAGUCGGCGCGUGCAGCGGGCAUCCCGCCACUAUUCACAGCGAGGAAAAUGUACAGCAAAAUGAAUGGAUAUCCUUCGUCAUGCUUUCGAUCAAGCAGCAGUGGAAGGCUCUGGGGAAUGUCACACUCGCUUCCAUCCGGAAUGUCAAACUACGCCAACUACAUGCAGGAUGCGGACUUUUCCUCGUACUCGCGACCCCGACUCUACGGCGAUAUGCCUUCGAGCAGCACGUUCGGCGGGGGCAACCUGUCGCACCACCAUCACCACCACACGUCCUCGUCCAGCACCAGCUCGCUGACGGGAGCAAACUUCGGGCCGGGCUCGUCGAACCAUGCCGGCACGAACCUGAUCGUAAACUAUCUGCCACAGGACAUGACGGAGCAGGAGAUGUACUCCAUAUUCGCCAACAUGGGCCCAAUAGAGAGCUGCCGACUGAUGAGAGAUCUAAAGCAAACUGGGUACAGCUACGGGUUCGGGUUUGUAAACUACUUGACGGAGGAUGCGGCGCAACGUGCCAUCAAGUGUCUGAACGGGUACCCGGUCCGUAACAAGCGUUUGAAAGUAUCGUACGCUCGGCCGCAGAGCGACGACAUUAAGGAAACGAAUCUGUACAUAACAAACCUACCACGGUCGAUCACCGAAGAGCAGCUGGACAUCAUCUUCGGCAAGUAUGGCACGAUCGUACAGAAGAACAUCCUGCGCGACAAGCUAACCGGGCAGCCACGCGGGGUAGCCUUCGUGAGGUUUAACAAGCGGGAGGAAGCGCAGGAAGCGAUAUCGGCCCUGAACAACGUGAUCCCGCAGGGAGGCACCCAGCCCCUGAUAGUGCGUGUUGCCGAGGACCAUGGCCGGGCAAAGGCGGCACUCUACGUACCCUCGUACAACUCUAUCGUGCACAACAAUAGAGGUAGAGUACGAAUGCGCAAUACUCCGUACUGAAUGAUCAUCCAUACUACCAUAUCCAAUAUUUGUCCCUUCCUUCGUCGCAUCCCGGUAAGCUCGGUCACUCGCAAUUUGACCUCGUUCUGCUAUCCGUUUGUCGAUUGUGCAUACAUUGGCCGAAUGCCUUUGAUGGUGGCAACAUUUGCCCGCUGUCUACGCUGUGCAUUAGUUUGCCCUCUACUUGCGCUUUCAUCACCGACUAUGCAAUGAUUUUUUUUGCGAGCCACCGGGAUGCACUACUAUCCAAGUAUGACCUAGAAUAAAGAGGUCGAAGCCGAGUUCGAGCCUCUCUGUUUUUCCCCUUUUUUCCUCCACCAUUGCAAGCGUUUUCUUUAUACUUUCGACUUUAUCAUCGCCGAACCUAGCACGUGGCCGCCCGUGUGUAGUGUUGUGUGCGAUCGUUACAGCAAUAGCAACUAUAGAAGCUCCUGCGCUUGAAGUUAUGUUAAAUUCCGUUCGUCUUCCUUUGAUAAGCUUUUCUUUGUCACUCCCUUGGAAUGUUGGGAUCUCUUUUCGUUUUAGUUCAUUAAAUACGAUCACAGCUCAUCUCGAUUGCAAACAGGCGAUGGUAAACCGAUAGAUAUAUAGAUAGAUAGAAAGUCAGACAGAACAGGUUCUGUGUAGUCCUAAGACCGAGUUAUGCGGGCGAUCCAGCGAAGAGGGAUUUCAGAGCCCAGCCAAAGGUGUGAUUGACGAUGUUAGGGAUAGUGAAAUGCUACACACGAUAAGAUUCGAUUAGGGGGUUUACAGAAGUUGGUCGAUAGAAUCAACACGGGCCAUGCUGUUUUCUCUAGCGAGGGCAAUCAGUUCGAAACGGGUGAAAAUAGGGGACCAUCUGAACCAGAGGGCAUAAGAGCAAAGGGCCUUGUAAUCCACUUUCUCCAUGUCGCGGAAAGCGACCGCGUCGUGCCGCAAGCGGAAGAAGCGUAGCCUAGUUUCCGUUGUAUCCAUUAACAUAUGCAGUUUCCUACUUUUAGUUGAGGUUUGCGUAUUCGCGUUUACACGUUCGUUUCAUUGAAUGUCACCAUAGUACUAUAUUAUUGUACAACGUAGCGUAAUGGUUAAAUACUUUCGAGCACACACCUUGGUCUCGAAGACAACUGUAAAUUAUUAUCCUUCCUCAAAACUAGUUCGAAAAGAAGAAAAAAAACAAUAAAACGCUGCAAAGUGCACGCCCUGUCCAUGGUGGCGCGGCAGCAUUUAAACGAUGGUUGCUUGGCACGCGGAGGCUGUGAGGACGAGCGAAUGGGUUGUGGAACCGUUAAUCCUCGUGCACGUGACCGUCGUGUGAAUGUUGCU